UGCGGAUAAAGUAGUUUGAGGCGAGCCGGCCGCGGUCACGUGAGCGGAAGAUGGCGGCCCCGGCGGGCGGCGGGGGCUCCGCGGUGUCGGUGCUGGCCCCAAACGGGCGGCGCCACACGGUGAAGGUGACGCCGAGCACCGUACUGUUGCAGGUACUGGAGGACACAUGCCGACGGCAGGACUUCAACCCCAGUGAAUACGAUCUGAAGUUUCAGAGGACUGUGCUCGACCUCUCUCUCCAGUGGAGAUUUGCCAACCUGCCUAACAAUGCCAAGCUGGAGAUGGUGCCUGUGUCCCGGAGCCGCGAGGGGCCUGAGAACGUGGUUCGAAUUGCAUUACAGCUGGAUGAUGGCUCCAGGUUGCAGGACACUUUUUGUUCCCGCCAGACACUCUGGGAGCUCCUCAGCCAUUUUGUACAGACCAGGGAGCGUCUGCAGCAGCUGGGGGAGAGGACCCCCAUCUGUGUGUACAUGAGGGAUGAGGUGACCGGUAGAGCUGCCCUGCAGAGCACGACGCUGCAGUCCCUGGGCCUCACGGGCGGCAGUGCCACUAUCAGGUUUGUCAUAAAGCAGUGUGACACCACGGGCAAACAGGAGCCCGUUGCAGUCAGGAGCAAGCCCCCAGGAAGUCCAACCUCCUCCAUGUCAGCUGACCAGGCAUCUAGCAGCCCCUUGCUUCCUUUGAACUCUGGGGAGUUCAGCAGGGGAGACCUGAACCAUCAGGGUGAUGUAGGCACCUCAGGGAGCAGCCUUGAGAGUGGCCCAAAGCCAGCAGAUGCUCGGGCAAAGCAAAGCACAAAGGAGUCUGCAUCCGCCCCGUUUGUUCCCUUCUCUGGUGGGGGUCAGCGGCUGGGGGGCCCUUCUGGGUCCCUUCGAUCUCUGACAUCAUCUGCCAAGUCACCCAAGUCUUUCUCUGGCCCUGGGGGCCCUUCCAAGCCCAAGAAGUCAAAGCCUGGUGAGGAGCCCCAGCAGGAGCCUGAACUGCCCGUUGACCGAGAUCCUGUAGUAUGCCACCCUGAUCUAGAGGACUUGCUGCAGCCCUGGCCAGCAGAGGUGCCUGAUGAGUUCUUUGAAGUGACCGUGGAUGACGUGAGGAGACGCCUGGCCCAGCUCAAGAGUGAGCGGAAGCGCCUGGAAGAAGCCCCCUUAGUGACCAAGGCCUUCAGGGAGGCUCAGAUGAAAGAAAAACUGGAACGCUACCCAAAGGUAGCACUGAGGGUCCUCUUCCCCGACCGCUACAUUCUGCAGGGCUUUUUCCGCCCUAAUGAGACAGUGGGGGACCUGCGAGACUUUGUCAGGAGUCACCUGGGGAAUCCCGAGCUCUCCUUUUACCUGUUCAUCGCUCCUCCCAAAAUGGUCCUGGAUGACCACACGCUGACUCUCUUUCAGGCAAACCUCUUCCCUGCUGCCCUUGUGCACUUUGGAGCUGAAGAAACAACAGGUCUCUACCUGGAGCCUGGACUGCUGGAACACACCAUCUCCCCGUCUGCGGCUGACAUGCUGGUGGCCAGGUGUAUGGCCCGGGCCACCGGGUCCCCACCUCUGCUGCCAGCCCCUAACCCUGUGUCCCUGGAGUCUGAACCAAUCACUGAGGAGGGGGCAUUGGGGCCCCCAGAGCCCAUUCAAGGGGCAGCCCAGCCUGUGAGGAGAAGCCUAGGCAAAGUGCCCAAGUGGCUGAAGCUGCCAGCCGGCAAGAGGUGAGAGCUACCAGCCCAGAGAGGUCCUUCAUCAGCCACAGGAUCCCACCCCACCCACCCCGAGCAGGAAUAAAGACUCGCGCUUCUCUCAAGGCCCCCCGAUUUUCUUUUCUGCAGAACGGGCCCUCAGGCCUCCAUCCAGCUCGGUCUCAUUCUCUGCUACCCAAGGACCCCUGGGAAUCCGGCUGGACCACAGGGUGUUUCUAUGUUAAAAAGCUGAGGUAUCUCUGAAGGGCUUGAGAAGGCCAGAACCCUGGGUAGGCCAGCUUCCUCUUCAUUUAUAUCUGACCUCAUUAGCUCCUUUACUGAAUGGACCCAAGCGUAGGAGGAAGCCUCCUUGGCAAAUUAUCUACAACCUGGGGCCAUUCCAAGCUUCUGGCAUACAGCCAUGGAGGAAGCAGGCACUUAACCACAAAGCUACCUUUGGCUGUGCCUGGCCUGAGGUAUUCUGGUAGCCCUGUCUGUAUGCCUUCAGUGGGACGGCAAGUCCAGUUCCAGCACGUAAGCUGGUAGGAGCUCUGUGUCCACCAGCCUGCCAGAAACCUACUGAGGACAUGGACACUUAGAGCAGCCCCAUCCACCCAGCUAAAUCCAGUCUGACCAUGGCUUUCAGAGGUUGCCCUGAAGUCUGUCUAGGCCCUUCAAGAAUAGUCAUUGUCAGCCGGGCAGUGGUGGCGCACGCCUUUAAUCCCAGCACUCGGGAGGCAGAGGCCAG